AUGUCUGGUCUAGAGUCUUGGGAGGAUGACCCUUCUGCUCAGGAUGAAAAUCUCUCCAAACGAGCCCAAGAAAGCCUCCAGCUAAACGGUCAAGCCAACACAUUCAGACCAGGAGCCAAUUCCUUUCAACCAGGCGCAGCAUCAUUUCAACCUGGGCAGCAGUAUCAACAGUACGGAGGCUAUAAUCAACAAUACGGAUAUGGGCAACAACCAGGGUAUGGGGGUUAUCCUCAGUAUGGGCAGCAAGGCUACAACCAAUACAACCAGUCGCAACAGCAGCAGCAACCGCAACCGCAGGGCGGGUACAAUCAUAAUUAUGGAGGUCAAUUUGCAGCAUACAACCAGGGCCCUGGAAGUUUUCAGCCACAGCAGCAACAAAGACAAGCACCCAUCAGUAUUGCGAAAAGACCAACAGGUGACGCUUCGCAGCAGCCUCCAGCCGCCCCAGCACAACCAGCCGCCUCCACUACAUCUUCCGGCGCCCCUUCUGCUACACAAACAGCUAAGAUCCUUUCUAUAGGGACUGAAACAACGCAGCCUAAGGCAAAAGUAAUGUCACUUGAUGUCCCAGCUGCUCCCGCUCCUCCGUCUAGCAAAAUAGACUCGCCUACAUCCAAAGAUGCGCCGGCUGUUGACGAGGGCUUAAAGGUGACAGCGGCAAAGGCCAUUGAAAAGACAAAAGAAAAGCCCGCUUCGUCAUCCGAGAAGACCUCUCCAUCACCGUCAGGAAAGUCAUCACCUACCCCAGCCGAGAGGAAGGCUGAGAAGCGGGAUGCGGAUGCUGUGCUGAAAGAGCAGGCAGCUGACGUUGAUGAGGAGACUUUGCAGGAAGUGUAUGGCAAAGAACAUGUGAAUCUGAUAUUUAUUGGUCACGUUGAUGCUGGCAAGUCUACACUUGGAGGGUCAAUAUUGUACGCCACAGGAAUGGUUGACGAGCGCACGAUGGAAAAAUAUAAGAAAGAAGCUAAAGACGCAGGACGAGAAACGUGGUAUCUAUCAUGGGCACUAGAUCUGACCAAAGAGGAAAGAGCAAAAGGAAAGACAGUCGAAGUUGGAAGAGGAUUUUUUGAGACCGAGAAAAGACGAUAUACAAUUCUGGACGCUCCAGGACAUAAAACAUUUGUCCCUAACAUGAUCGGAGGUGCUUCGCAAGCUGACGUGGGGAUCCUCGUCAUAUCAGCCCGAAAAGGCGAGUACGAAACGGGAUUUGAAAAGGGAGGUCAAACAAGAGAACACGCUAUGCUAGCCAAGACGCAGGGAGUUGGCAAGCUCGUCGUCGCGGUCAACAAAAUGGACGAUCCAACCGUGGAAUGGUCGAAAGCUCGAUACGACGAGUGUACCACGAAGCUUGGUCUAUUUUUAAAAGGCGUCGGCUACAACCCAAAAACAGACAUCGUGUUCAUGCCAAUAUCCGCCCAAACCACAGUCGGCAUCAAAGACCGCGUCCCCAACUCCCUAGCACCAUGGUACAAUGGUCCUUCUCUUCUUGAAUACCUCGACAACAUGGACAAACUGGAACGAAAGAUCAACGCUCCCUUCAUGAUGCCCGUUGGCGGGAAGUACAGGGAUAUGGGUACGAUUAUCGAAGGACGUAUCGAGUCCGGGGUCAUCAAGAAGGGCAGCAACUACGUGAUGAUGCCAAACCGAGAAGAUAUCUCCGUCGCCGCUUUGUACGGCGAAACAGAAGAAGAGAUCCAAAUAGCGACGUGCGGCGACCAAGUUCGGAUUCGCCUCCGCGGUAUCGAGGAGGAAGAUAUCCUACCGGGCUUUGUGCUCUGCUCGCCUAGAAGGCCAGUCCAUUGCGUCAGCGCCUUUGAAGCACAGAUUGUCAUUCUCGAACUCAAAUCUAUCCUCUCCGCAGGCUUCAACUGCGUAUUACACGUACAUUCGGCCAUUGAAGAAGUAACCUUUGCCGCAUUGCUGCAUAAAUUGGAGAAAGGGACGAAUCGACGGAGCAAGAAACCACCGCCAUUUGCGGCGAAGGGACAGAGCAUCAUUGCCAGGUUGGAGGUGCUCGGUGGUGCGGGUAGAGUCUGUGUGGAGAGAUUCGAAGAUUAUCCGCAGCUGGGGCGGUUUACUUUGAGGGAUCAGGGCCAAACCAUCGCCAUCGGCAAAAUCACCAAGUUGAUCACGGAUUCAGACGCGGCGGCUUAA